UCCUGUACAUGCUGAGGCAGAUCUGAGCAGUCUGGCACAUUUACACACACACUCAUCUUCUGUCAGCAGUAACGUUACAUACGAGCUGAGCCCGCGUCUUUUUGUCCGCGAUCCUAGCGCUCUCAUCAUGACCCAGAGGUGAUCCUCGUUCCCGGUGGUUCUGGGAGUCCAGGUCUGCGGUGAGAGAGCGUAAAAUAGAGAGGCCUCUUUAUAGGUGAAGGGAUUGCCCAGGGCCACAGCACCCAGAAUCUGAAGGAAAGGAGAGCAGCAGUUAUCCAGGCAGAACUAAAGAUCAGGAUGGAGAAGGAAGAUCUGAAGAUUGUCAACAGAGGUUUGGAGGAUGAGAUGGAGCUGAGCGGGUAUCGGCUGUGCCGAUGGAAGCUGGUUCUGGUGGGUUUGGGUGGUCUCUGUACGGGCGGUUUUCUCUUCCUGCUGCUCUAUUGGAUGCCUGAAUGGUGUGUGAAGGCCACCUGCACACGGUCCGCUGUCAGAGAUGCAGAAGUCGCCCUCUUACAAAGCACUGAUGAGUUCAAGCGCUGGUUUCAAGCGAAGGUUCGGAUAAUGCUAGCCCCUGGGAAGGACCCUUACGGCAACCUGGCCUCUCAGACCGCCUCCCCUCGGGCCAAUGACCACGCCCACAACCCGUCUGACUCCGCCCCUGGGAAGAUCACCCAGAAUCCAGAGGACCAGCAUGUGCCGAAACGUUAUUUUACCCUCCACAGCACUAAAUACUUUUGGAACGACACCAUCCAGAACUUCGAAGUAUUGAAAGGCCUGGAAGAUCUGAGCAUGACCUGCUCAUCCGUUCACUCAAAGCACAGCGCCGGGCUCAACAAAAACCAGCAGGAGUACAGGAGAUGUUUUUUUGGACUGAAUGAAAUAGACGUGAAAGUGCCUUCUCUUUUCAAGCUGCUAAUUAAGGAGGUCCUCAAUCCUUUCUACAUCUUCCAGCUCUUCAGUGUUAUCCUGUGGUGUACUGAUGAAUACUAUUACUACGCAAUGGCCAUAGUCAUCAUGUCAGUCAUAUCAAUAGCUACCUCUCUCUACACUAUUAAAAAGCAAUAUGUAAUGCUACACGACAUGGUGGCAGCACACAGUACUGUUCGAGUUACGGUCUGCAGGGGCGAAAACGAAACAGAGGAAGCCCUGUCCACAGACUUGGUCCCCGGCGAUGUCAUAGUCAUCCCCAGCAAUGGGACCAUCAUGCCCUGUGAUGCAGUGCUCAUCUGUGGAACCUGCAUUGUUAAUGAGAGCAUGCUCACAGGUGAGAGUGUUCCAGUCACAAAGACUGACCUUCCGAACCCUCAGCAGGACAAGAAGGGUGGGCAUGGAGACGCGAUCUACAGCACAGAGGAACACAAGAGACAUACGCUGUUCUGUGGCACAAACGUCAUACAGACUCGCUACUACACAGGAGAAAUGGUCAAAGCCGUGGUAGUCCAAACAGGUUUCAGCACCGCUAAAGGGCAGCUCAUCCGCUCUAUCCUGUACCCCAAACCCACAGACUUUAAGCUGUACCGGGACGCCUACCUCUUCCUGCUGUGCCUGGUGGCCGUUGCCAGCGUCGUCUUUGUCUAUUCUUUGGUCAUGAAAAUCAUAAAUCAGGAACCAGUAAAGGAAAUCAUAGUCAAGUCUCUGGACAUCAUUACUAUCACGGUGCCCCCUGCACUGCCGGCAGCAAUGACAGCGGGCAUAGUAUAUGCUCAGCGGCGUCUCAGGAAAGUCGGGAUAUUCUCCAUCAGCCCACAAAGAAUCAACAUCUGUGGACAGCUGAACCUGGUGUGCUUUGACAAGACAGGCACUCUCACAGAAGAUGGCUUGGACAUGUGGGGAAUUCAACGAGUAGAAGAUGGCAGAUUCCACCAUUCAGAAGAAAAAGCCGACGAUAAGAGCUUGUUUACUACCAAGUUUGUGUCCUGCAUGGCCACCUGUCACUCUCUCACCAAGAUUGAGGGUCAGCUCUCUGGAGAUCCACUAGACCUCAAGAUGUUUGAGGCCACAGGCUGGAUAUUGGUGGAAGCUACAGAAGAGGAGACGGCUCACCAUGACCGCAUUGAACUCACUUAUGUAAAACCACCCAAUCAGCUUCUGCCGCCAUCUGUAAUAUCACCUGAACAGGACAUGGAACUGUCUGAACUCUAUGAGCUCUCGGCAUCAUAUAUGAUCGGUAUUGUGCGGCAGUUCUCCUUCUCCUCCGCUCUGCAGAGAAUGAGCGUGGUUGUCCGUCAGAUUGGAGAGAGACGUAUGGACGCAUAUCUGAAAGGGGCACCAGAGGUUGUGGCAAGCCUGUGUAAGAAAGAAACAGUACCAGAGGAUUUCGCAGAGGUUCUGGAGGACUACACCAAACAGGGCUUCCGGGUCAUUGCGCUGGCACACAGAAGGCUGGAAUCCAAACUUACAUUUCACAAAGUGCAGAACAUUAACCGGGAUCAAAUUGAGAAAAAUAUGGAUUUUCUGGGUUUGAUUAUCAUGCAGAACAAGCUGAAAACGGAAACUCCAGGUGUGCUGGAAGAUCUACGACAUGCCAACAUACGAACCGUUAUGGUCACAGGUGACAACAUGCUGACGGCCAUCUCUGUGGCACGAGACUGCGGCAUGAUUCAGCCGCAAGACCGAGUCAUUAUUGCCGAUGCUCUGCCCCCUAAAGACGGCCAGACUGCCAAGAUCAACUGGCACUACGCCGAUAAACCCAGUAAACACUUGAACAAGCCCACCAAACUAGAGGAGAUGGAUAUUAUUAUGGAAGAUGGACAUUCUGUGGAUGAGAUGAGAAUUCAGGAGCAGUAUCACUUUGCCAUGAGCGGCAAAUCUUUUUCUGUAAUUAUUGAGCAUUUCCAGGACUUGCUACAGAAGCUGGUGCUUCAUGGAACAGUAUUUGCAAGGAUGGCGCCUGACCAGAAGACUCAGCUUGUUGAGACAUUAGAAAGUGUAGACUAUUUUGUAGGAAUGUGUGGAGAUGGAGCAAAUGACUGUGGGGCACUGAAGAGAGCUCAUGCUGGGAUCUCCCUGUCAGAGCUAGAGGCUUCAGUGGCUUCUCCCUUCACCUCCACAACUCCCAGCAUCACCUGCGUGCCCAACCUGAUCAGGGAGGGCAGAGCAGCUCUCAUCACCUCCUUCUGUGUGUUUAAGUUCAUGGCUCUGUACAGUAUUAUUCAAUGCCUCAGUGUUGCCCUUCUCUACUCCAUUGGCAGUAACCUGGGUGACUUUCAGUUUCUCUUCAUUGACUUGGCCAUCAUUCUUCUAAUUGUCUUCACCAUGAGUUUGAACUCCGCAUGGAAGGAGCUUGUCGCCCAAAGACCUCCCUCUGGUCUCGUCUCAGGUCCUCUCCUCUUCUCAGUUCUGACCCAGAUUUUCAUUUGCCUGGGUUUCCAGAUCAUGGCCUUCCUCUUGAUCCAAAAUUUAGACUGGUACUCCAAGCCAGAUUUCUACAACUGCUCUGUUCCCCAUCACAUGGAUGACUUCACUAACUCCACUGAAGAACAGACUGAAGAAAGAAUCAUGAAUGAUGUGAAUACCACACUCUUCUUCGUCUCCUCUUUUCAGUACCUCAUUGUUGCCAUUGUUUUCUCCAAAGGAAAACCUUUCCGCCAGCCCAGCUACAAGAAUUGGCCAUUUGUCCUCUCUGCUUUAAUUCUCAUCGUUUUCCUGUUUUUCAUAAUGUUUUUCCCAAUUGCUGAAAUCGAUCAAUUUUUAGAGCUCGUAUGUGUUCCUUUGAGCUGGCGUGUGUCUAUGGUGCUCAUCGUGCUGGGCAACACCGUAGUGUCUGUCUUUAUCGAGGGAGGAAUAGACCUGUUUGGAACUAAAUGCCUCUCCUGGCUCUGCUGCCGGCAGAAAAAAGUGCCCAAGGCUCGGUACAUGCACCUGGCCCAAGAGCUGAGCGUGGAUCCCGACUGGCCUCCCAAACCUAAGAGCACUACUGAAGCCAAACCUACCCCUCAUCUGGACGACUGCUCUUACCAGAUUGAGGCCAUUUCCUAGCAUUUCCACCAACACACUCCGUAUUGUACGUUCAAAUCACCAGGGAUUCCUAUAAACAAUUGAAACUGUCAAAUUAAUGAAUUUGUUAAAACAGAUAUGAACUCGUUAACCAAAUGUGGCUCUUUAGAUCACCUUCUCCAUGAUUUUACGGUCCUGUGGCUCUCCUACGGAUAUCACGGAGGCUCUUCACUGGAUUUCAAGCGUCGUCCUGUUAAUGUAGUAUUGAAUCAUCUCUACAGGUUUUGCGGCAGAGGCUGCAUGCUACACUUUGGAAACCAUCGCUGCUUGCGGAACAAACCAAACCAAACUCUAGUGGCUCACAGAAUCCAAGAUUCAGCUUAAUUUACAGCCAGCUCGUUUUUACAAAUAUAUCGGCGUAUAUAUAUAAUUAGACCUGAUCUCUACUUUUCAUAUCUCUUCCCAUGGAAGAAUCGAGGUGGGAAUUUAGUUGUGGAAGGCCAAACAUUGUGAAAGUGGUUUGUGUUUUGUUCACUACUCCUGGCGCAGUAUCUGGCGAUGGGUUUUGAUUUUGGUCCAUCUUGAAACUUUGUACCGUUUUUUUUUUUUUCCUCCAUUGAAAACAGUGUCUGAAAACUGUCAAGUCCUGUUUAUUCAAAAAAAAUGAAAUUUUUGCAAUGACACAUUUGUGGGAAUUGCACUGGGAAUCGGCUGGAAGGGGCUCAGGUGCAUUGAUUGCUCAUUGAGAAAUUUCGGGCACAUUCGUUAGGAAAAAGUACAAAUGAUAGACCUUUAACCUGGAGUCUUUGUGUGAGGUGGGGAAAUUUUGCAAUCCAAAUCAAAUCAGACUGCCAAUGAAAUCACUCAAAAUUGGCCAGUUAACAGUAUUACUUGUGCAUGACUUGUUAACGGUUUUGCUGCUAAUCUAGGAAAAAAAGCUACUUUUUUUAAUCCUAAAAACAAACUGUUUUUCAAAAUGUUGCAGAUGGUCGGUCCCUUCCAUGUUUCCAGAUGUGAUUUAUUUGCAUAAUUUAUGCAGUCCAGUUCAACUAUCCUCAACUUGCUGGUUUUUGUCUGUAUGUUUUUUUGGUUUAUGUAUUUGUUUG